AGCAGCAGGCUGCGGCAGCAGCUUAACAAGUAGAGAGGAGAAAGCAGAACUUUCUAACAUCUAUAAAAAUAGACUCCAAGUUAGUCCAUUACUGCCCCAACAUCGCCACUGAGUCUCACAGUCAGAAAAACAUGGCAUCUGAGAAGGUUGAAACUAUCGUAGCUGGAAACUAUGUAGAAAUGGAAAGAGAAGAAGGGGAUUCCAGUUCUGCAAAGAGCAAAUUUUCAAAGUUGUUUUGGCACGGUGGCUCAGUCUAUGAUGCAUGGUUCAGCUGUGCUUCUAACCAGGUUGCUCAAGUGCUACUCACACUGCCAUAUUCAUUCUCACAACUGGGAAUGUUAUCUGGGAUUCUAUUUCAAUUAUUCUAUGGCCUGAUGGGAAGCUGGACAGCAUACCUUAUAAGUGUACUUUAUGUUGAGUACAGAACAAGGAAGGAAAGAGAGAAGGUUGAUUUCAGGAAUCAUGUAAUUCAGUGGUUUGAAGUUCUUGAUGGGUUGUUGGGGAAACAUUGGAGAAACGUAGGGCUUCUUUUCAACUGCACUUUCCUUCUGUUUGGAUCUGUGAUUCAGUUAAUUGCCUGUGCAAGCAACAUCUAUUAUAUAAAUGACAACCUUGACAAGAGAACUUGGACGUACAUUUUUGGCGCCUGCUGUGCAACAACUGUGUUUAUUCCUUCAUUCCAUAACUACAGAAUUUGGUCAUUUCUGGGCCUCAUCAUGACUUCUUACACUGCAUGGUACCUGACAAUUGCUUCCCUUAUCCAUGGACAGAUUGAGGGAGUGAAGCACUCAGGGCCAACCAAGAUGGUUCUCUACUUCACAGGAGCCACCAACAUUCUCUACACCUUUGGUGGACAUGCUGUCACAGUGGAGAUUAUGCAUGCGAUGUGGAAGCCACAAAAGUUCAAGAUGAUAUACUUGAUAGCUACACUUUAUGUGUUAACCCUAACUUUACCAUCAGCUUCCGCUGUUUACUGGGCUUUUGGUGACUUGCUUCUUACCCAUGCCAAUGCUUUAUCAUUGCUCCCAAGGACUGGAUUCCGAGAUACUGCUAUUAUUCUCAUGCUCAUUCAUCAGUUUAUUACAUUUGGAUUUGCCUGCACUCCUCUAUACUUUGUGUGGGAGAAAUUCAUUGGGGUUCAUGAAACAAAGAGUUUGUUCAAGAGGGCACUGGCUAGACUCCCGGUGGUGAUCCCAAUUUGGUUCCUGGCAAUUAUCUUCCCUUUCUUUGGCCCUAUCAAUUCCACUGUUGGAUCUCUCCUUGUCAGCUUCACCGUUUACAUAAUUCCUUCAUUAGCUCACAUGAUAACUUUUGCGCCUGCAGCCGCCCGAGAGAAUGCAGUGGAGAGACCACCAUCAUUCCUAGGAGGCUGGGCUGGCAUGUACUCCAUGAAUGCCUUUGUAGUGGUAUGGGUUUUGAUUGUGGGAUUCGGGUUUGGUGGAUGGGCAAGCAUGCUCAAUUUCAUACAACAGAUUGAUACAUUUGGCUUGUUCACCAAGUGCUAUCAAUGCCCCCCUCACAAGGCUUGAAUAGGGAUAUUCUUCUUCAAAAAUGGUGAUUAACAAAAUUAAGAUACUUUUGUAAGUGUGUAAAGAGAUUGGAAUUUGUAACUCCCUUUUACUUUUCUUUUUUUUUUUUCUGUUUUGUUCCCUUUGUUCUUGUAAGAGCUAUUAUUAAUGGUUUUCAUAUGAGGUGUGAUGGCAAUGAUGGCCACCCCUAUACGGACCUACAGCUGUAACUUGUGUGUUGAUUAAUCCCUCUUAAGGGAUGAAAGUCCCUUGGUUUUCCUGGGAUUAACCUCUCCAUAUCUCAUAUUGUCAAUUAAAACAUCAUUGAAUGGCAAAUACUGGCUUGGACUUGCUAGUUUUCAUGGA